GAGAAUAGCGCAGGCAGUGGAAAAGCGGCACAGUGACACAACAAGGGUGAAAGUGGAGAGACAAUUUUCCGUAAAAGGCGUUACGUAGCCCAGCGAGGUUUUCAUGUUUAUUCCGCUAGAGAAAGAAGGGGCGGCCCCUGAUCUAGAAACAACCAACUCUGUCCCUUGUCCUCUCAUAUGGGUCUAACGGAGGAAAUAGCCUACUAGAAUAGAACAGAGCUUUAGACUACUACAUUGUGAUAGCCUACAGUCCUGUCUGGAGCGAAGCUUUAGCACAAACGAAUAGAGUGAACACUACAAUAGAUCAGAGGAACAGCUCGAACGCCAAGAUGCCCCUGGCACAGUUGCCAGAUCCCUGGCAGAAGAUGACACUGGGGCGGGCGACGAGCGAGGAUGCCCAUCGUCAUGUUCUGGAGGAUUCUAUUGGAGAGGAUGAUUCUAUGUCCUGUAACGAGGACGAGAGUGUCAAUGAAAUCAACAUCACCAACCAUACCAAGGAGGGGUCAGAGAAGGGUGACCCUCGACAGUUCGAGCUCCGCAAGGUCCUAGGACAAGGCUCCUUCGGAAAGGUGUUCCUGGUCAAGAAGGCUACAGGUCCAGAUGCAGGACAGCUCUAUGCCAUGAAGGUUCUGAAGAAAGCCACACUGAAAGUGCGUGACAGGGUGAGGACUAAGAUGGAGAGAGACAUUCUGGUGGAGGUCAACCAUCCCUUCAUCGUUAAACUGCACUAUGCAUUCCAAACAGAAGGGAAACUUUACCUCAUCCUGGACUUCCUACGAGGAGGAGACCUCUUCACACGACUGUCUAAAGAGGUGAUGUUCACAGAGGAGGAUGUGAAGUUCUACCUGGCAGAGUUGGCCCUGGCGCUGGACCACCUUCACAGCCUGGGCAUCAUCUACAGAGACCUCAAACCAGAGAACAUUCUGCUAGACGAGGAGGGACACAUUAAGCUGACGGACUUCGGCCUCAGUAAGGAGUCUAUAGACCAUGAGAACAAGGCCUAUUCGUUCUGUGGGACGGUGGAGUACAUGGCUCCGGAGGUGGUCAACAGGAGAGGCCACACCACCAGCGCUGAUUGGUGGUCCUACGGCGUGCUCAUGUUUGAGAUGCUGACCGGAACACUACCAUUCCAGGGGAAAGACCGCAAGGAGACCAUGACCAUGAUCCUCAAGGCUAAGUUGGGGAUGCCACAGUUUUUGAGUUCCGAAGCCCAGAGUCUCCUGAGGAACCUUUUCAAACGCAACCCUACUAACAGGCUAGGGGCCGGCCCAGACGGGGUGGAGGAGAUUAAAAGACAUCACUUCUACUGCACCAUAGACUGGAACAAACUGUUCCGUAGAGAGCUCCACCCUCCCUUCAAACCUGCUACGGGACGACCGGACGACACCUUCUAUUUCGACCCAGAGUUCACCGCUAAAACACCCAAAGAUUCCCCGGGGGUUCCGCCCAGUGCCAACGCCCACCAGCUGUUCCGAGGAUUCAGCUUUGUAGCCAUUACAUCAGAGGAAGAGACACAACCACUACAGACUACUGUAGUACAGCAGCUACACAGGAAUAUGUCCCAGCUGUCAGAAGCAUAUGAAGUCAAGGAGGAAAUAGGACUGGGAUCAUACUCUGUCUGCAAACGCUGUAUACACAAGGCCACUGGCAUGGAGUACGCGGUUAAAAUCAUCAGUAAGGCCAACAGAGACCCAACAGAGGAGGUGGAGAUCCUAAUGAGAUACGGACAACAUCCCAACGUCAUCACACUAAAGGAUGUGUUUGAUGACGGUAGGACAGUGUAUCUGGUCACAGAGCUGAUGAAGGGAGGAGAGCUGCUGGAUAAAAUACUGAGACAGAAGUUCUUCUCAGAGAGAGAAGCUAGCGCUGUCCUAUACACCAUCACCAAGACUGUUGAGUACCUACACAUACAGGGGGUGGUGCACAGGGACCUGAAGCCCAGUAAUAUCCUGUAUGUGGAUGAGAGUGGGAACGCUGAGUCCAUCAGGAUCUGUGACUUUGGUUUUGCCAAGCAGCUGAGAGCUGAGAACGGCCUGCUGAUGACGCCGUGCUACACAGCUAACUUUGUAGCUCCAGAGGUGUUGAAGAAGCAGGGUUAUGAUGCUGCCUGUGACAUCUGGAGUCUAGGAGUCCUACUCUACACUAUGCUCACAGGGUUCACUCCGUUUGCCAACGGUCCAGAGGACACACCAGAGGAGAUCCUGGCUCGGAUCGGCAGCGGGAAGUUCUCUCUGACCGGAGGAUACUGGAACUCUGUUUCAGCAGAGGCCAAGGAGCUGGUGUCUAAGAUGUUACACGUGGACCCCCACCAGCGUUUGACAGCCGGCCAGGUGUUGUGUCAUCCCUGGGUCACACACCGAGACCACCUGCCCAAGUUCACACUGACCAGACAGGACGCUCCACACCUGGUCAAGAGCGCCAUGGCAGCCACCUACUCUGCCCUCAACAGGAACGUUCCACCUGUCCUGGACCCCGUGGGAUGUUCCACUCUAGCCCAACGGAGGGGGGUGAAGAAACUCACCUCCACUGCCCUCUGACCGUUGACAUUUCACCUCAGACUUAUAACCCUGCUAGAGCUCUGCUCAGACAGACAGACCUGGUUCCUCAGAUGACCUGGACAGAACUCUGAUGCACCUGGGACCCCCCUGACCCUGCUCAGUUAUUAACUAACCCAGUGGUCUUCACCCCUGGUGCUAUAGCUCUGUUGGACCAGGGCUGGAACUACAGCCUAUAGCUCUGUUGGAUCAGGGCUGGAACUACAGCCUACAGCUCUGUUGGACCAGGGCUGGAACUACAGCCUAUAGCUCUGUUGGAUCAGGGCUGGAACUACAGCCUAUAGCUCUGUUGGACCAGGGCUGGAACUACAGCCUAUAGCUCUGUUGGAUUAGGGCUGGAACUACAGCCUAUAGCUCUGUUGGAUCAGGGCUGGAACUACAGCCUAUAGCUCUGUUGGACCAGGGCUGGAACUACAGCCUAUAGCUCUGUUGGACCAGGGCUGGAACUACAGCCUAUAGCUCUGUUGGACCAGGGCUGGAACUACAGCCUAUAGCUCUGCUGGACCAGGGCUGGAACUACAGCCUAUAGCUCUGUUGGACCAGGGCUGAUGGUGACCACAUUGUAGCGUCUCUCCAGUCUUUGCUUUGGACAAUUCGUGUUGCCUCUAGACUCAAGAGACAAUUGUCAGGAACAUGGAUGUGCUGUAUUUAGAUGUCUGUACUUCUGGGAACAUUUGAGAUACCUGCAUUAUGCAUUUAAGACCCAUAUUAAAAUGAUGAUGAAGUGUAUAAUGUAGCUCUGUGUAUAAACCUAAGUAGCCUCAAAGACAGUACAAUAUGAAGAUAGGCUAAAACGGCUUCUCCAAUAGAAAUCCCAGACCACACUUUUCGGCAAUGUUAUGGCGAUGUUGGCUAGCUAAGCUCAUGCGUAGAAACAUGUCAUUGGGUCUAACGGUCGUCUCAUGUCAAAUCAAAGGCACUCCUUCCAUAUCAUUUUUGGGGAAAAUGUGUCCGUUAGUCAAUUUCACAAGGUUGGAGUAAUAACACGUUCAACUACUUAAGAAAUUGGAUCAAUUAUAGGUUGUGGAUUUAGAUUUUGAGAAAAUGAACAACUAAGGAAGAAUGUUUUACUUCUCUCAUUGACUUCACAACCCCCAAACCCUGGUCAGCUUGGUCUGUUUCGCGUUCACAGAUGUCUAACGAUGUUGCAUCUCUGGGUUUAGAAAAUCUGUGGUAACCUCUUCUGUGACUGAGUCAUCAGACAGGGACAAAACUAGUGAUGUCAUCGGAGAGCAGGUAGAGCUCCACUGACCCCACCCCCUAUGUAGAGACAAGCUCCUCCCAGUCAGCCACAACAUCCAGAGUGAGGCCAGUCUGGACUGAGGUCCAAUCAUGGCUUUGGUGGGCCAGUCUGGGCACAGCCUGCCCUGUCCACGCCACACCUCAACAUUUACAGACACCAAGGGAAACCUGAUCCUCGACCAGUGUUAAGCAGUGGUUAUCUGGACAGCGAGUCUGUGUAUAUGUUGAUGCCUUCAAAUGCUCCUCAGGACUCCUCUGAACCUUGUGUUUCCCAGUUCCUAGGUACAUUUGAAAGCAGCAUGCUUGGAUGACGCAAUGAGGAGUCUGUGUCCGACACUGAACUGACACUACUGUUCCAGUACAGCAGCUCAGGUUUCUAGAUGAAAUACCAAGCAUUUUAUAAGUCCAUUAACUGUGUCAUGUAAGCACACAGGUGGGUGGGAGAGGUCCAUGGAUGUAGAAAUGUGUGGAUAGAAGGGACAUGAUAUUUUAUGCUGAAUUGAACCCUUUCAACCUGCCAUCUGGAAUGGCAUGACACAGUUGUGGAGGUAAUCCAGUAUGUUACUGUAUGGGCCAGCUGGCACCUGCUGACUUCUGGUCAAUCCCUUUAAAACACUGUCUGUCUAAUUGAAUGAAAAAAAUAUGUAGCUACAGUAUCAAUGACUUGUAGCAGUAGUAUUGAAUUAAUGAGCUGAUCCUGGAUCGCUCUCCCUCAGCUCUUCUGUAUGUGUUGUAACACAGUCUUUCAGGUUCUGCUUGACUGGUAGCAGAGCUGUAAGCUUGUGUGUUUGAGAUGUCUGUAUGUUUUUUUCCCCUUCCAGUGUGAGAGUAGAUGAGAUGUAUUUUUUCUCUCCUUCCUCUGUCCCUAUCCAGUGGAGAUAGUGUCCCUUCCUCCACCCCUGCUGCUGUCUCCUCUCUCUGGUUUUGUAUCUCAGUGGAGUCACAGUAGGACUUUGUAUUGAACAUAAUAAAAAUACCUUCAGUAUA